AUGGAAAACAAAGUAUUCUAUAUCAAAUAUCUUGACAAUCAGUCAGUGGAAAUCGAAACUCACUUCAAUGGAGGAGACGUGGAAAGGAGAACCCCAAUUGAUAGUGUUUCGAAACUAAUUGCAGCUUACAAGACUGCCACCACUCCCCUCCUUGACAAUGUCCCUGUUGACGAGCUCACUCUCCAUUAUGUGGUGAAUGGUCCAGCCAUUGCUGGGAAUACUCUAUUAACCUCCAUUCAAAAUCAUAUUGGUUCUUACGAACAUUCAUUAAUCAUUAAAUCCAAGAGUGGUAUUGAUGCAAGAACCACUUCACUCAUCAACACUACCGCUAUUGCUUCAGAUCCAAUGCAACUUGAUUUGUUCUUGCCCUGCCCAAUCCCCUUUUACAACAACAUAUGCAACGCUGUUGAACAGGAUACAUGGCUUUUGUUUGAACAAGAGAUUCCCUCAUCUACGUUGAAACGACUCUUUAUUCGGGACAGUUAUAAAUCCAUUGCAUCAAACAUCAAGCCCGGCAUCAACAAAACAAUCAUCACAGGAACUCCUGGCAUUGGCAAGUCUUUAUUUCUCAUCUACUUAUUGUGGAAGUUGAUCAAGCAAGGAAAACGAGUGCUAUUCAUUUAUCAUCCAGACACUAUCUAUUACGAUGGUCAAGGCGGUGUGUUUGAGUUAACUAGUCUACCAUCAGUUGUUGACCACACAUUUUGGGCAUCUGACUUGUGGUGUUUGUUUGACGCCAAAGGCAAAAACGCAGCAUAUCUAGAUGCACUUCCCUAUGAAAGGUGUUCAUUUGUGGUGUCGACCUCGCCAAAACGAGAACUAACCAACAACUUUAAAAAAUCCCUUCCCCUUCAGAUCUUUUACAUGCCAUUAUGGACUAAACCAGAAUUGGAAGCCAUUGCACUCGAUUUUGCCAUUGAUAUUGACUGGCGCCAUCGCUUCAAAGUCCUUGGUGGAAUCCCUCGACGUGUCUUGGAAGAUACAAGUGGUGAUCCAGUAGAAUUACUUCAAAAUGUAUGUAGGCAAUGCGAGCUUGAUGGCUGUAUCAAAGAGAUUGACACAUGA